AUGGCGGACACGAACGAGAAGAAGGCCGUCCCUCAAGAGGAUGUCGAUAUACAGGAUAUCAACACAUUGGAAGCCCAGACCUUGACGAAACCUAUGGGAAAAUGGGAGGCAUUCUACAGAGGGACAUUGUUCCAGAUGUUGGUCACUGGUGCAGUCGCCUUUGCGGGACCUGCUAUGAGCGAUGCACUCAGCGGAUUGGGUGGCGGAGGUCUCGCCACGCCCUACACUGCUAAUGCUGGAAGCGCUGCCAGCUACAGUAUGAUGGCUGUAACAUGUUUGUUCGGUGGGCCGUUGAUCAACCGUCUCGGAGUGAAGUGGUCGCUGGCACUUGGAGCAAUGGCUUUUCCUUUGAACGGCUCGUCGCUCUAUGUCAAUAGCAAGUAUGGAAUCCAGUGGUACUUGAUCUUCGGUCAUGCUGUUUCGGGGCUCGGUACGGGUCUGUGGUACGUCGCCGAAGCUGCAAUUAUCUUGUCCUACCCAGAACCAGGUCGCCGUGGUCGAUAUCUGGCUCUCUGGAUCCUCUCGCGUAAUUUGGGUCAACUGGUUGGAGGUGCAAUCAAUCUAUCUGUCAAUGUGAACACAGACACGACAGGCGGUAUCUCGCCGUCAACCUACCUCAUCUUCGUCGGUAUUGAAUGUAUCGGUUUCCCCGCUGCGUUGUUCCUCUCGCCCCCAGAGAAAGUACGUAGAGCGGACGGGACGGGAGUCCAUGUGGCCGCCGGGAAGUCGACUUGGAAGAAUGAGUUCAUAGAACUUGGGAAGGUCAUCACUUUGAAGCGGACAUUGCUACUUGUUGGAUUCUUCUUUUACUCUUUCUUCUACAUCUCAGUAUAUGGCACCUACUUGUCCACCUACUUCACCGUCCGCGCCCGCGCCCUCUCAAGCCUUGUCUCGCCCGCCUUCUGCAUCGUCGGUUGUUUUGCCCUUGGAUGGAUCUUGGAUCUCGAAAAUUUCACUCAGCGAAAGCGUGCUCAGAUGGGCUUUGCGCUCGUCGUCAUAUCUGCGAUCACGAUUUACAUAUACACGUGCGUCGUGCAGGCAGGAUUCAAUGCGCAUGAUCCGGGGACAUUCGAUUGGACCUCACCUGGCUGGGCGAGAGCUUUCAUGCCGUAUUUCCUCAUCCAGACGUUCGGCCCAAUUGGACAAUCAUACAUGUACUGGCUCAUCUCAUGCUAUGCAAAGGAUGUACAGACGAACUCCAGGAACGCGGGUGUGUUCCGGUCGCUUGAGGCUGUGGGACAAGCGGUCAGUUAUGGAAUCAAUUCGCAUGCGGAGAACCUGUUUGUUGGAUUCGGGAUAAACUUUGGAUUGUUAGUAGUUGUGGCUCCGCUCAUGUAUUUGGUCGUGCGGACUGUGCCGGAGAGGAUGCCUAUGGAGAUAGAGGAACAGAAGGAUCUGGAGAGGGCGAAGGCUCAGGUUCAACAUGCGCAGGAGCAGGAGGAACUGGAGGAAAAGUAG